GCCACUUCCUCCAGGGCCCCGCGAGAAGAGCCGCUGUUUCCGCCGCAGCCGGACCAGGAGCCCAGAACGAAGGAUGGGGACACAAAAGCUGAGAUUGCUAGUAAAUAUUGGAGCUCAAAUUCAGCAGAUGAGAAGAAGCCAGUGGUGAAAGAAAGAUUAAAGGCUCUGGAGAGAGAAAGGAGAAAUGAAUGCAGGAAUGAGAACUUGGAGAACUGGGAAGGAAUAGAAUCAAAGGGGUUGGUAGAAAGAUUAAUUUUGGGGAAGAGGAGCAAAGAUACUUUGUGUUCCCUGGCCAGGAGGGAAGGAGGAAAGAGUGAUGAUGCCAAGGUAUAAGAAUGAAAUAGAAGGGGGUUUGGGGUUGAAGAAUCUAGUCAGUUGGCCUCAAUCUUCCCAGGGAAGUAGAUAGCUGUGCCAUCUGUUGUAAGGGUGGAGGGUGGUAGUGUGGUUGGGGGCAAAAGGAGAAGAAAAACAAGGUUUUCUAGUCCAACUUAAAUGAAAAAUAAAGCAACCUGUAACCUCUGAUUAACACAUUUAAUUUUUUUUGUGUAUCGGUUGAACAGGAAGCCAGGAUAUCACAGCAUGGAUCAGUCUAGGUCUAGUUCAGGUGGAGGUAGUGAACAGGCCUCUUCUCAAGACCACCGUCACAGUGAAGAUGAGCGAAGAUGGCAGCAAGAGCGCCUCAGCAGGGAAGAGGCCUAUUACCAGUUCAUUAAUGAACUCAAUGAUGAAGAUUAUAGGUUAAUGAGAGACCACAAUCUCCUAGGCACCCCUGGAGAGGUAACAUCAGAAGAGCUACAGCAGCGAUUGGAUGGAGCCAAGGAGCAUCUAGCAUCCCAGCCUGACUUGGAGACUAGACAAACUGAGGGAGGAACUUUGGGAGAUGCAGAAAUCCCUAGGGACAGUUCAAAUGGAGACUCUCUGUUAGAAUGGCUGAAUACUUUCCGUCGGACAGGAAAUGCAACUCGAAGUGGACAGAGUGGGAACCAAACUUGGAGGGCUGUGAGUCGAACAAAUCCGAAUAGUGGAGAGUUUCGGUUUAGUCUGGAAAUUAAUAUAAAUCAUGAAAACAAUGGAUUUGAAGCUCCUAGUGAUGAAUAUGCAAGUGUUUCUCAUUCUCAUGCCAGCAGAAAUCAUCCUGGAAAUGGACACCAAAGAGCCGUUAGUCCUGUGGCCAGGAGAACAAGGAGCCAGACCUCAGUGACUCUGAAUGAUGACAAUCUCAACGUCCCAAGGACUAGAAUGGCAAGAAGUUCAAGGAGGCGGAAUUCAGUAGAAAUGUCUUUUUCUAUGUUGGGAAGGGUAAGGAGCAGAAAUAGGGGGUCAGUAAGUGUUUCUAGAACAAAUUCCAUAAAUGAUAAUCUGAGUGGUCAUGCAAACCCCCAGAGCACUAGUGAAUCCAACAUUAGAGAAGGGUUAGCUGCAUCUUCACAGCUCCAGGGAAACAGGGGUAGAACUCCUGUUCCCACAAGGAGUGCAAGCCAAAGACAAGAGCCAGGAAACUUAGAGUCGGCUGUAAAUAGUCGAAGCCGGUCACCAGUUCAAAGACAGAGUAAUGCUGUGGAUUCUGAAGAACAUAGGGAAAAUAGACCUUUACAGCAAACCUUUAGAAGGUCAGUUAGGAGGAGACAUGUAGCUCGUGUCUAUUUAGAGCCAGCUGGGGAACACAGAAGUACUACCCAUACCCCACUGUCUAAUUCAGGACUACUGUCAAGAAUUACAGUGGAAGGAGAAGAAUCCAUUAGACCCACAGCUGCUGUGAGACGGCAUCCAACUAUCACACUGGACCUUCAGGUUCGAAGGAUUCGUCCUGGAGAAAAUAGAGAUCGGGAUAGUAUUGCAAAUAGAACUCGCUCUAGAGUAGGAUUGGCAGAAAACACAGUCACCUUCGAGAGCAAUAGUGGGGGUUUUCGUCGAACCAUUUCUCGCUCAGAACGUGCUGGCAUUCGAACCUAUGUCAGCACCAUAAGGAUUCCACUCCGUAGGAUUUCAGAGAACGGACUUGGUGAGCCGUCGUCAGUGGCUUUACGGUCAAUUUUAAGACAGAUCAUGACUGGAUUUGGGGAACUGAGUUCUCUGAUGGAGACUGAAUCUGAGUCUGAAUUUCAGAGGAGUGGGCAACAUUUAAGAGAGAUGCAUUCAGAGGUGAGUAAUUCACAUGCAGUUGAUGGCAGUCAACAAAAUGAAGUAUCUUUUCAAGAGAGACAGGCCCAAGAAGGCAGCAUUGAAAUGAGUGAUGAAAAUGAGAGGACCCAAUCUAAUAACCGCAACAGUGAAAAUAGAGAAAACAGGCAAUCUCAAGAUGCAAACAAUUUGGUUGAAAGUGGGACACUACCUAUUCUUCGUCUUGCCCAUUUCUUUUUAUUAAAUGAGGAUGAUGAUGAUGAGCACUUUAGGGGCUUAACCAAAGAGCAGAUUGACAAUCUUUCUACACGGAACUUUGGAAAUAUUGAAAGUGAACUAAGUAAAACCUGUAGCGUUUGUAUCAAUGAAUAUGUAACAGGAAAUAAGCUCAGGCAAUUACCUUGCAUGCAUGAGUUUCAUAUUCAUUGUAUUGAUCGCUGGCUAUCUGAGAAUUGUACUUGUCCUAUAUGUCGGCAGCCUGUUUUAGGAUCCAAUAUAGCAGACAAUGGAUAAAAUAAUGGAAUUUGCUUUCAUAAUUACAUUUUAUCAUAGUUUAGUAUCUGUUUAAGCAUUCAUUUUUUAGCCUAUUUGUGAUGAGCCAACUGGGAUGAAUAAUAAUUUAGAUAAUGAUUUGGGCUAUUUUCUUUCAAAAAAAUUUGUUUGAAGAGGUAGGAAAUUUGCAUAAAUUUUAAAAUGCAAAUGAUAAAUUACUUUACAAAGUUUAGAACUAUUAAUAUUGC